AUGGGGGUGGUGGAAGAUGUGGCAUUGAUUGGAGGGUUGAUAGGAGUUCAAUUUAUAUAUGCAGGAAAUGCUGAGUUGAUGAGUUAUUCAAUGUCAUUAGGAAUUAGCCCUCUCACCAUUGUUGUUUUCACUUCCAUUGCUACAUUUCUCAUUCUUUUUCCUGCUGCAUUUUGUUUUGAAAGGAGUAAGUGGCCCAGGAAAUUCAAUUUAGGGUUUAUGAUGCAGAUAUGGUUUCUUUCAUUUGGAGGAUUAGCUUUUCAAACUUUAUUCUUGAAGGGAAUCAAUCUAACUUCACCGGCAAUGGGAACUGCUAUGCCAAACCUUGCACCAGGUCUUAUCUUCAUCAUUGCAUGGAUUUUUGGGUUAGAGAAAGUUAAUUUAAGCAAAAAGUAUAGUAAAUUAAAAAUCAUAGGAACAUUGCUAUGUGUAGUAGGAGCUCUUACAAUGAGCAUAAUGCAAAGCAUUUCAGCUCCUAUAAUCGAAAAAGAGGUUACACUUCUUCAAUCACCAUCAACACCAUCACGUCUUCUCUUUGACAAGAAAAAGAUAGUUGGUUGCAUCUAUCUAAUGAUUUCAGUUUUAAUAUUAUCAAGCAGUGUUGUCCUACAGGCUUUUGCUCUUGGAGAUUUUCCUGCACCAAUGUCAUUGAGCGCAAUAACAUCGUUGUUUGGAGGAUUCAUGACUGCAGUUGUUCAAAAACUUCAAGGUGACGACCUUAAAUCUGGUUUGCAACUUGUGAGUUUUGGAGAUAUCAUAGGCUUCUCCAUUCUGGCUGGUGGAGUAAGUGGAAUAAGCCUAAGCUUCAAUGGAUGGGCACUUAAGAAGAGAGGACCUGUUUUUGUCUCCAUGUUUAGCCCAAUUGGAACAGUAUGCUCAGUUAUUUUUUCAGUCUUUACUGUUGGAGAAACUGUUAAUAUUGGAAGCAUUGGUGGCAUGUUCCUUAUGUUCAGUGGACUCUACAUGGUUCUUUGGGCCAAAGGGAAAGAAGGAUAUGUAGAUCGUGAAGAUUUCUUAGAGAGUGAGUUUGAUGCAAACAAGCCUCUCUUAAGUUAA